AUUUCAUAUGAAAAAAACAUCUACUCAAUUUAGCCUACGAUGUUUUCAUCUGGAAGCCCUAAUUCAUUGAUCAGCUCUCUACCACCACCGGCCAUCGUUCGUCCAUCCUCCAUCUCCCAUUUCUUUCUGCACUUCUGAAUGACGGUGCAAAUUGAGGCUCAAGCAGACGAUUGAAGGAAAUGAAACUACAUCAUCCGCUUUUUCUUAUGGAUUGAAGAAUUUCAGUGGAGUUCCUACUUCCACCAUCAUUAACUAAUGGAGUUUCUUUGGAACUGUUUCAUUUUAACGACUUUUACAUUUUGAGUUGUUGGAAACUUUUAAUUAUAACUCGGUGUACUGAGAGAAUUAUGGGUAUGUUCAGUCAUGAAAAAGAGUUAAAUGCAAACAAUACUGCCUCAUCUCAUAGUAAUCACGAUGAGGGAACUUCAGCUCGGACGAGACCUUACACCUUUGAUGAAAUUAUGCUUAGAAGGAAGAACAAGACUGGUACUGCUGAACUAAUGGAUAGUUCUGCUGGUGGUGCAGCUGCAUUUGGUAGAGAAAAAUUUGUGAGGACUUUAGAUAGUUUGGAAUCUGAUAGAAGUCGUGAUGUUUCCAUGGCUAGUAGUGUGAGUCAUAAUUCAAAGGAUUCUCAAUUGUUAAGUUCAAGGAAAAAAGAUGGUAGUGAUAAGGAAAGUAAAUUCCUUAAAUGCGCAGAGAAAGAACAUAGAGAGUCAGAAACCAAACGAGAGGCAGUUAGCACUGGUACAAGUGGGAAAAAUAUAAGCAGACACAUCAUUGAUAAAGAUUCUCAUGGUGAGAGGAAAAAAGUUUCUAACUCUCAUGAUGGUUCCAGAAAAAGUUUUGGUGACAGUAAUGCAAAUGACCCAUCCAGGAAGUUGGCUGAUAGAAGUGUUAAGUUAUAUGAGAAGGAAAGAAAAGAAGCUCAUCAUGAUAAGGACAGCUCUCGCAGCAGACAUCUGUACAUGAAGAGAAAAAAUGAUGAGUUGCUAAAUGUGGCUUCUGUGGAUGAAACUGAAAACAGACAUUCAAAAAAUCAUAGAAGUACAAAUUGCUAUAAAGACAACAGGAAAGAAAAAUCUGAAAAGGAAAGCACAAGAAAACACCCAAAAGAAGGUGAAGAGAGAACUAAAGACAGCAGUGCACAUAAAAAGCAUGAUUCAGCAAAACUAAGAGUCUUUGAUCGUCCAGAGAGGAAGGACUCAAAGCGAUCUCAUUAUGAAGAACUCAGGCCAAAAAGAAGACGCUCAAAGAGCAGAGAGCAUGAUAAAGACAGACCCAGAAAGUCCCGCUCACAUUCUCCAAAGGCACAUAAACAUUCAUCACAUGACUCAAAAAAUCAUGGGGAAUCCUACUCACACCCUUCAAAAGAUAAAUCAGGUAGAUCAAACUCUGAGUAUGAUAAGAAUAAGGUAUCCAACAAUGGUGAUACUAGUCAUUUCAAGAGGCAUUCGGUAGUUACAAUUGGGCUUGGUGGUUAUUCACCACGGAAGAGGAAAUCUGCAGCUGCUGCAAAAACUCCUUCUCCAACUAAACGUUCACCAGAAAGGAGAGUUGCUGGCUGGGAUCUCCCACCUGCAGCAGCAGAGAGAAAUCUUCCUGCUCCAGUAGCUUCGGGUGUGCUAUCAUCUGCACAGUCUGUAUCAAUAAAAACUCUUGGGUCAUUUGGUGUGACUACUGGUAGUUUGUUUGCAACCAAAUCUGCCAUGUUCUUCCAAAAUAGUUACCUUUCACCAGUGCAUGCUGUUGAAUCAAUCCAGCUAACACAAGCAACACGGCCUAUGAGAACACUUUAUGUUGAGAACUUGCCAAAUUCAGUGUCUGAUAAAGAUGUUAUGGAAUGCAUUAAUAAAUUUCUGCUGUCUUCAGGCGUCAACCGUAUUCAAGGGACUAAACCCUGCAUUAGCUGUAUGAUACACAAGGAGAAGGCCCAAGGCCUUCUAGAAUUUUUGACACCUGAGGAUGCCUCUGCUGCACUUUCCUUUGAUGGGAGAUCAUUCAGUGGUUCGAUUCUUAAGAUCAGGCGCCCUAAAGAUUUUAUUGAAUUGGGAACUGGUGUUGCAGAGAAUUCACAGGCUGCUGUCGAUAGGAUAAGCGAUGCUGUAAUGGAUUCACCUUAUAAGAUUUUUGUUGGUGGAAUCUCCAAAUUCAUUUCAUCUGAUAUGCUUAUGGAGAUUGUUAAAUCCUUUGGAUAUUUGAAAGCAUAUCACUUUGAGUUGAAUGCAGAUCUUAAUGAACCGUGCGCUUUUCUUGAGUAUGUUGACCAUUCAGUAACUGCUAAAGCUUGUGCUGGCCUUAAUGGAAUGAAGUUGGGUGGAAAAGUGCUAACAGUUGUUCAAGCUACUCCAGAUGCUUCCCUUGUGGAAAAUGUUGAGAAACCUCCUCUCUAUGGGAUCCCUGAGCAUGCUAAGCCACUUUUGGAAAGUCCCACCGAAGUGCUGAAGCUGAAAAAUGUGUUUGAUCCGAUGGGAUUGUCUGAACAAGAAUUUGAAGAAAUUAUGAACGAUGUAAAGCUAGAGUGUGCUAGGUUUGGCACAGUGAAAUCUAUUAAUUUCGUAAAGGAGUGCGAAUGUUCAUCGAUGAAAGAACCUGUUGAAGCAAUUGGCAAUGAUGCCCCUACUGAGAGUAAUGAUGACGAACCAAGCAUAAUGGAACCAUCAAAUGGUUCUGAGGGAGAUAAAGAUGCCAGCAAAGCCGUAACCAGUGAAAAUCAUAUCGAGGAUACACCUGCAGAAAAUCUUGUUAAAAUCGGAAUCUCUAAACCAGAGCCUGAAAGUUCAGUGGUAAGUUCUGGCAAUGACUGUGUGAAUCCCCCAAAGAACGAACUGAAUAUCAUCAAUAGAAUCCAUAGCAUGAGUUCAGCAGAGAAGCUUGAGAUCAAGGAAGAGUUAAGCGAGUGCCACAAAAAUGAAGAAAAUGAAGAAGCAAAAGGGAGUGAAACCAAUUUCGACCAAAUCUUCGAGCCCGGCUGUGUUCUGAUAGAGUAUAGAAGAGCAGAAGCUUCUUCCAUGGCUGCACAUUGUUUACAUGGCCGACUCUUUGAUGACCGGACCGUGACUGUCGAAUAUGUUUCUCUUGACCUGUACCGGAAGAAGUUUUGCUUGUAGAACACCAAUUUCUGGGUUUUGAACUGUCCAGUAGCCUGCAGCUUCUGAGGCUCCCAUAGCCGGCGCCACACAAAAUAUGCUUCGGACUUCGGAGUAGCCACUGAAAAUGGGUUUCUUUAUCUUUGUUUCUGUAGUCUUUACUAACACACAUUAUAUUUAGUGUGUACUGCGGGUUUAGCCCGAGGUUUUUAUGGUGGCUCAUGGUGUAUUGCUUCGUUGCCUAGUCUAUAAUUAGGCAACAAGUAGCCUAUGUAAUAUUUGAAACGUAUUUGUACUGAAUUUUCACAUGAGUUAAAAUGAAGACACUAAUUUUCAAGAUGACAAAUAAACCCAUUUUAGUGCUUGCUCGUAUGGAUCCCAUAUCUUGUUUAUCUAAUGUACAUCACAAUAACAUUCAUAAGCACACCUAGAAAACCGGAACUUUUACUAGGAAAAAACCCAGCAGGAACAUCCAUCUUGUUCAGUCAUGUAGAAAGGCAACAAGAAAAUGCCACACACUAACAAAUUUAGAAAGAAAAAAAAAAGGAGCAAUCUAAGAAUGUUGAAUCCAAAAGGCCAAAGCAGUCCCUAAAACAAGUACCUCCAAAGAGCGGGUCGGUCGCGUGAUAUCAAGAGAACCCGAGAUGCCAAGAAAUCAAAAGAAGGCGAAAACAAGUCGUCGGGACCAAUCAUUUGUGGCAGAUUAGUGUCAUCUGUUUGAUCCAAGCCAGAGGGCUGGAACCUGUCAUCCUUCUUGGAUGAAUCAAAUACAAACAGGCCGAGCCCAGAAACUCCCAUGACAAGAUUUGAGUUCCCCCAAACCUGUGCUAAAGCACUGUGAUGAGAGUGAGCAGAUGAUUCGGGCAAUGGGUACGUGUUCAGAACACCCGGCUUGUGCAAUGAGACCUGCUGGAUCUGGGAACAGAACUGCCGUUUAAUGGCUGAUUUCAAAGUUGUGCAGCCGAGGUAGAUUGAGUCUCCCCUAGAGAAUGCAGACUGCACAUUCACACCAACUUUGGGUAUCUUCUGGGCAAUGCCGGAUGGAUGGCGAAA